CAACCCGCAACCAACAUGCCUCGAAGUCACGAACCCGAAGGUCACGCACAUCGGACGAGAUCACGAUCUGGAUCGCCAAAUCGCGAGUCGCAUAAGGGCCCUAAGCACCACCACUCACGCCGCUCACGUUCCCCUCGUCGCGACCACGAUGAAGGACACAGACACAAACGACGACGCUCGCGUUCUCCAGCACCGAAGCCCGUAGUGCUCCCAUACAAAGCGAAACCACUGUCGAAGCGCCAAUAUGAGGAGUAUAAGCCACUCUUCCAGUCGUAUCUAGACAUACAGAAGCAAAUACAGCUGGACAACUUGGAUGAGAGGGAAGUCAAAGGACGAUGGAAGAGUUUUAUGAGUCGAUGGAAUCGUGGAGACCUAGCACGUAGCUGGUAUGAUCCUUCCAUGCUGAAGACUGCCCAAGAAACUGUGCAGUCAUAUCGCGCGCAAUCACCCCGAGCUUCCACAAAGCGUGCCUCGCCGAGCUACGCAGCUGCAAACCAAGCGACAGAAGAGCAAAGCGAUGAUGAUUUUGGCCCCGCGCCGCCUACAGAUGUUGCGCGACACUCAGGCCACGGCCCCACCAUACCUAAGCUCGAUGACUUGACCUACCGCAACGAGUUACGAGAUGAGAGCCGCUCGCAGGACCGCGCCGAUUACGUUGACGACAUACGCUACGAACGUAAAUCAGAUAGAAGAGACCAAAAGGAGCGUCUUGACGAGCUUGCUCCCCGCGCAGAUCCCGGCUCCCGUGAGCGCCAACUUGAGAAGAAGCGCGAAACCACCAACACUCUGCAAUCCUUCCGCGAUGCUAAGGAAAGCGGCGACGUUGAAGUUGCCGAAGCCGACCUGAUGGGCGAUGACGGGAUCGACAUGUACAAGAAGAAGAAACGAGACGAACAAAGGAAAAUGACUGAGCGGGAAAUCAGAAGAGAGGAGAUUGCUCGGGCGAGGGAGGCGGAGAGAAAUGAGAGAUUGAGCGAGAGGAGGGAAAAAGAAGGGAAGACUAUGGAGUUCUUGAGGCAGAUCGCUCAAGAACGGUAUGGUUGAUAUUAACAUAAUGUGUGGCGUCAGCACACGGCUGGAAAGACGCAACUAUCUACUGCAAGCCAAAUGAGAAAUCGUCACAUCGGCGCCCAAUACCUGUAAAUGCUCCCUGAACUCCGUAGCUUGAUGCCUCGCACUUGAGAAUAAGUUGUAUCAGCGACCCCGUCUUACUCAUCGUCCAAUAUCGAGCUCGCCAGCGGGCCAAAGAAGGGAACUUCGUAUCGGUCGAGCGUCGCAGCUGCGCACGUCUAUUAGUAUACCUAUUCUGAUGCCUAGAGUCCUCCAGAGAAUCACUUACCAUCGAGAUAUGCCCUCCAAGUCAGCCAGCCAAUCCCUACAAUAUCCC